AUGUAUCCUGAAGAUUUUGAUGGAGUUGUUGCAGGUGCACCUGCUCAAUGGUGGCCUCACCUCAAUGGCUUCACUGUGCAUGUCAAUCUGUUGAAUGCCAAUGCUACCACGCCAGGGGCAGUGAUACCUCCACCAUUCUUUGCGACACUCAAUAAAGUAAUACUUGAUCAAUGCGACAAGCUUGAUGGGGUUGCUGACGGGAUUAUAACCAACCCUAGGUUGUGUAAACCUGACCUUAGCCGCGUCGCAUGUGGAUCAGCCAAUCUCUCUUCAUAUAUAAACCAGACCAACUGUCUAUCACAGUCUCAGCUCGUAACACUCAAAGCGAUUUAUACCAACUGGACAUCGAGCGACGGAGAGUUCUUGUUUCCAACGUUUGAGCCUGGAAGCGAGUUUGGGUGGCCUGGCACAAUUACUGGUAUCCCGUAUGGACCUGCUCCCGACUUUUUCUCUUACCAAGUGCUGAACAAGACUUCUGUCCAGACCUUGCAAAUCAAUCAAACCGAACUCGAAAGACUUACAAAGAUAGGAGACGUAACUGAUCCAGGCCAAACCACUGCCAUCGAUCCUAACUUGAGGCCUUUCUUUGGACGUGGGGGAAAAUUGAUGCAGUACCAUGGAUUCGCUGACCCUCUCAUUCCGUCCGGGAGCUCACUCUGGUACUAUGAACAUGUACGAAGCUUCUUCAAGAACGAAGAUUUAAGCAACAGGUAUCGGCUGUUCAUGCUUCCAGGAGUUGGCCAUUGCUCCGGAGGCCCAGGCGCAGAUUCAUUUGGCGGGCCUGGCCAACGCAGCAAAUCUCAAGGCGGCUCCGGCCAGUCUCUAUCGUUCACUCCCCAGUAUGAUAUGAUCCUGGCUACGAUGGACUGGGUAGAGAAGGGUGUAGCUCCAAAAUCACUUGUUGCGGUAAAAUACAACAAUGGCAAUAGUGCACAAGGGGCUGCAUUCACCCGCCUUCUCUGUCCCUAUCCUCAGGCAAGGAGCUAUUUUUGUCAUGAAUCGUAG